AUGUCCAAUUCGUUGUACAAAAGCCCGUCCUUGGCUAAUGCCGCGCUGUACAAGUCUCCAUCAAUGAGUGCCUUUGGUGGAGCCCCUGGCGGACCAUUUGGUUCGAUGUCCGUCGCUGACUUGGGGAGUCUAACUCGACUUGAGGUAAUUAUGUGCCAAAUACAUAUAUCUUUGAGCUUCUGUUUGUCUUACUCUGUUUUUUGAUAUCCUCUUCACCCACCUACGUUUAUUGUGCGAAGGUAAACAGAAGUUCUUUUGUAGGACAAAAUCCGCCUUCUACAAGAAGACCUGGAAUCCGAACGUGAAUUGAGAAACCGCAUCGAGCGUGAGCGCGCUGACCUCUCUGUUCAACUCAUCGCUCUGACUGACCGUCUGGAGGAUGCUGAGGGAACCACCGAUUCCCAAGUAAGUUCAUCGUUUCCAUUUCCAACCCUCUGUGUAGAUCGAAUCAAACCGCAAGCGUGAAGGAGAACUCCAAAAGCUCCGCAAACUUCUCGAGGAGUCCCAAUUGGAAAGCGAGGAUGCUAUGAAUGUCCUCCGAAAAAAGCAUCAGGAUGCUCUUCUUGAUUACCAAGACCAAAUCGAGCAACUCCAGAAGAAGAAUUCCAAGUACGUAUUAAAAAUUUUGGCGAUUAAUUUUGUCCGCUUCUUUAUCCUUUGAUAAUUUACUUAGAAGAAAAAAUCAUCCGUAUUAUUAAGGAUUGACCGCGAGCGUCAACGCCUCCAGCACGAAGUUAUUGAAUUGACCGCUACUAUUGACCAGGUUCAGAAAGACAAGGUGAGAAAACAUUUCGGCAUGUUUUUUGAUGAUUUCGAAGAUUGGUUGUCCUAAUAUGUCACCAGCCUGAUGCCUGGCGUAUAGCUUGCAAACACCAUUCCAAACCUGUUCUUGUUUCUGAUAUUCUUUUUUAUAUGCCCAGCGGGGACCCGGACUUUUGGAUCUUGUAAACAGUUGUUCCAAAAUACUUUUGCCGUCCUCUUCCUUGGAAAAGGCGAAAAAUGAGAAGGGCAAUCUAAAGGGAGAGAUCUGGGUGGGUGGGCGGAUGACCCAGCCAAAUCCUGGCCGCUUCACAAACAUGUGUUGUGUUGUGCCUGAUCCUUCCACCUCCACACCUUAAGGCCUUCUAUUCUAAGAUAAAAAACGAGGAAUUAAUAAGAACAGUAACCACACCUAUUUGAAUACUAACAAUGAAAACUUGAUAUAAUGUCAAACAUUAUGCAUUUUUUAGCACGCCGCCGAAAAGGCUGCUGAACGCUUCGAGGCGCAGGCCAACGACUUAUUGAACAAGGUCGAAGACCUGAACAAGCACGUAAACGACUUGGCCCAACAACGUCAACGUCUUCAAAACGAAAACAACGAAUUGUUGAAGGAGGUUCAUGACCAAAAGGUCCAACUCGACAACCUCCAGCACGUUAAAUAUCAACUUGCCCAGCAACUUGAAGAAGCCCGUCGACGUCUUGAAGAUGCUGAAAGAGAACGCUCUCAGCUUCAAUCUCAGCUUCACCAAGUCCAAUUGGAACUUGACUCCGUCCGUACCGCUCUUGAUGAGGAGUCUGCGGCUCGUGCUGAGGCUGAACACAAACUUUCUUUGGCCAACACCGAAAUUUCCCAAUGGAAGAGCAAGUUUGAUGCCGAAGUUGCUCUCCAUCAUGAGGAAGUUGAGGAUCUUCGCAAGAAGAUGCUCCAGAAACAAGCUGAAUACGAAGAACAAAUUGAAGUUCUGGUCCAAAAGAUCUCUCAACUUGAGAAGGUAAGUUCCUAAUACACUAAACGUUAACAAUUCCAGGCCAAAUCCCGGCUCCAAUCUGAAGUCGAAGUCCUCAUUGUUGACCUUGAGAAGGCUCAAAACACUAUUGCUAUCUUGGAACGCGCCAAGGAACAGCUUGAAAGAACCGUUAACGAACUUAAGCAACGCAUUGACGAACUGACCGUUGAGCUAGAAGCUGCUCAACGCGAGGCCCGUGCAGCUUUGGCUGAACUCCAAAAGAUGAAGCAUUUGUAUGAGAAGGCCGUCGAGCAGAAAGAAGCUUUGGCUCGCGAAAACCGCAAGCUUCAAGGUAAAUCAAUAAAGAUGCUUUAAGUCAUUAUUUCCUAAUGUUGUAGAUGAUCUGCAUGAAGCCAAGGAAGCCUUGGCCGACGCUAACCGCAAACUCCAUGAACUUGACUUGGAGAAUGCUCGUUUGGCCGGAGAAAUCCGUGAACUCCAAACUGCCCUUAAGGAAUCCGAAGCCGCCCGUCGAGACGCUGAAGCUCGCGCCCAACGCGCCCUGGCCGAUCUUCAACAACUUCGUGUUGAGAUGGAACGCCGUCUGCAAGAAAAGGAAGAGGAAAUCGAGAACUUGCGCAAGAACAUGCAAUUCGAGAUUGACCGCUUGACCGCCGCUUUGGCCGAUGCCGAAGCCCGCAUGAAGGCCGAGAUCUCCCGUCUGAAGAAGAAGUAUCAGGCCGAGAUUGCCGAGCUUGAAAUGGCUGUGGACAACCUCAACCGUGCCAACAUUGAAGCCCAGAAAACCAUCAAGAAGCAAAGCGAACAACUCAAGGUUCUCCAAGCCUCUUUGGAAGACACCCAGAGACAACUCCAACAGACCCUCGAUCAGGUAACCCUAUAUAGUUUUUAUGAUUGGCUUACCGUAACUAUGACUGAAGACGCUCUAUUUUAGUACGCCUUGGCUCAACGCAAGGUUUCGGCCUUGGCCGCCGAGCUUGAGGAAUGCAAAUCCGCUCUGGACAACGCCAUCCGUGCUCGCAAACAAGCGGAAGUUGAGCUUGAGGAAGCUCAUGGCCGCAUCAAUGACCUCCAAUCAAUCAACAACAACCUCACUGCCAUUAAGAACAAGCUGGAGACUGAACUUUCUACCGCCCAAGCUGACCUUGACGAGGCAACAAAGGAACUUCAUGCUGCUGAUGAACGUGCUAACCGCGCUCUGGCUGAUGCUGCUCGUGCUGUCGAACAACUUCAUGAAGAACAAGAACACUCCAUGAAGAUCGAUGCCUUGAGAAAGUCAUUAGAGGAACAAGUCAAGCAAUUACAAGUCCAAAUCCAAGAAGCCGAAGCCGCUGCCCUUCUCGGAGGAAAGCGCGUCAUCGCCAAGCUUGAGACCCGCAUCCGUGACUUGGAAACUGCCUUGGAUGAGGAAACCAGACGCCAUAAGGAAACCCAGAACGCGCUGCGCAAGAAGGAUCGCAGAAUCAAGGAAGUCCAAAUGCAAGUCGAUGAGGAGCAUAAGAACUUUGUAAUGGCACAAGACACCGCCGACAGACUUUUGGAGAAACUCAACAUCCAAAAACGACAGCUUGGAGAAGCCGUAAGUGGAACACUAAACUCUAAGCCGGUGGGCUUGUGGUAAAAUAUAAUAACAUCUGACUCCAUACUGAAACGCUCUUUUGUAGGAAUCUAUCACCAUGCAAAACCUACAACGUGUUCGUCGUUACCAACGCGAAUUGGAAGAUGCUGAAGGCCGUGCCGACCAGGCUGAGAGUUCCCUUCACCUGAUCCGUGCCAAACACCGCAGCUCCGUGGUCACUGGAAAAGGAAACUCGCCUAAAGUAUAUGUUCUGGAAGACGACGCCUAG